CUCAAAGUCAAAAAGGCGGAAAAGAUCAGAUCCGAAAUGCCAGCCAACACAACAGCGAAAAGCAUCGCAGACAUGAAGAAACUCUCCGAGUUCAUCAGCGUCAGAAUCAAACGGUACAACGGACACGAUGCGCCUCUGAGUGAGAAGAUGGCGGCCGAGGACAUCAAGUAUACCAUCGAGAAAAUGUACAAGCACCUCCAGAACUCGUUCAUCGACUGGGAAUAUGAAGAGGAACUAGACGUGUGUCGUGUUUUGGACUUACCUUGCCAUGGUAAAAGUUUUGGUAAGGAUAUUGAGGAUCAUCUUUCCGGACAGGAGCACAUGGCCUGGGAUCGAUCGAUGAAGGGAAAGGUUCCGCUUUGUGUUCAGCACAACAGGGUGAAGCGUGAGAUUGAGAACGGUCUUUCAUACCAGGAAGGCUUGUUGGCGGAACUUGCUGUUGACCCUUAUACUUAUUAGGUCAGAAGCAGAUGACAGAGGCAAGUGGACAGUCAAGACACGAGAAUGCAAUG